CUCGUUUGUUUGUUUCACGGAAUUUGUUUUGUUUUGUUUUUCUGAUUGAUUGAUACCGGCAUUCAGUUCAUCAUUUUGACGACUGAAAAAAAUCAUCUAAAAUGGCAAUCACAAUUGCCAAUCAACAAUCAUCACAAUUAAUACCAAUGUCACAGGUUAAUACAACCAAUGGCCAAAUGGUUUCAACACCAAUGGUUUCGAUUGGUAAUCUACUUGAAUUGGCAAUUAAAAAAACAUUUCGUGAUUUAUCAUUGUUGGCCGAAUUGUUACCAAGAAAAACCGAUAUGGAACGUAAAAUUGAAAUAAUGUUAUUUGCAAAUCGUAAUCGACAAUUAUUUGUACGAUUAUUAGCAUUAGUUAAAUGGGCAGGUAGUGCAUCAAAAGUUGAAAAAUGUUCACAAAUCGUUUCGUUUUUGGAUAAACAAUCAAUGUUAUUUACUGAAACGGCUGAUAUAUUGGCACGAUUAUCACGUGAAACAUUAGUUUCAGCACGGUUACCUGCAUUUCAAUUACUGGCCGCAGUUGAAGUAUUAACAUUAGGUACUUAUUCUCGUCUGCCAAACAUUAUACGUGAUCGUUUAGUACCACCGGAUCCGAUUUCAAAUGCCGAAAAACGUGCAGCACUUUUUCAAUUGAAUCAUAUUAUACAACAAAGAUUAGUUGCAUCUGAAUUACCAUUACAAAUGCGUAAUAUUAAAAUUGAAUUUGGAAGGGUAACAUUUACCGUUUCAAAUGAAUUCAGUUUAACCCUUACAUUAUUAAGUGAUAAUAAUAAUAUGCCAUGGAAAGUAUUGAAUAUUGAAAUUCUGAUUGAAGAUAAAGAAAUUAAUGAUAUAAAAGACCUGGUUCAACAAGAACAACUGAAUUUUAUUCGUAUUAUCAUUCAAACACGUUUGAAUGAUAAUCAACGACCAUUAGUUGAAGCAUAUAAUAUUCUGCAUACAUUUUGUCUUGGUUUACAAUUACAAGUUUUAGCAUUUCAAUCUGAUUCUGUUUAUAAACGUUUAAAAGAAUUUAUUCAUAUUGAUGAAUAUCAUUCGGGUAAACAUUUAAUUUUAUCAUAUUGGAAAGAUAAUCAACAACAACAAGAUAAAUCAUCAUCAUCAUCAUAUAAAUUGAUUAUAAAAAUUGAUUCAACCGAUCCUACAAAACCAUUACAAAUACAACAUAAUCCAGAAUUUUUUGAUUCAACAAUAUUUCUUAAAUCAAUACAGGCAAAUAUUUUAUCGAUUGAAAAAAUUUUAUUAUUCACAACGCAUGAAAGAUCCAAAUUGAAAUUGAUUGAUUUGAAAAAAUUUAUUGAAGAAAAAAAUUCAUUAUCAUUAAUUUGUGAAUUAAAUGAACUACCAGCCGUACUGCAUAUAUCAUUCAUACAACCAUGUAUGCCAUCCGAACAAUUACUUAUAUCAAUUGAUAUGCUGACUGGACAAUUUUUAGUACAUAUACCACAAUAUGAAGAUUGUCCAUUAAUCAUGGAUUUUGAAUCAAAUUUGAAUAAAAAUUUUGAUCGUAUUCUGACAAUGUUUGAUAAAUUAAAAGUAUGGAUAACUAGGGAACGUUGUAAAAAAACUGUUGAAGCAUUACCUGUUCGUAUUAUUGAAUCAUUACCAUUUCCAUUAAAUUAUUCAAAUGAUGAUUUACAAAAUAUCCAUGGUAAUAAAUUAUAUUUUAUUUUCACACGUCAUCAGGAUAAAUGUUUAAUGAUAAAUUUUGAUAAUGAUCAAAAUUCAAAUAUUAAUAUUUGGAUGGAUUAUUAUCUGCUUCAUUUGAAUAAUAUUUCCAUUCAAGAUCAACAACAACAACAACAGCAAAAAUCAAAUCAAAUAGAUCAAUUUGAUCAACAAGAAUGUCCAAAACAUUUUAUUGAAAUUUUAAAAAUUCUCCCGUUGGAUUCAUCAAAUAUAUUACAAAAUUAUUAUUAUGGCAGUAGUAGUAAUUAUAAUAAUGAUCAAGAAUUGAAUAUUGGACGUAAACGUAAAUCAUCAACAAAUACUAUGAUUAAUUUACAAUCGAUAAAACGAAAAAAGUUACCCGGUUAUUAUAUUACCGAGCUGGCACAUAUUGUAAGUUUUUGUGAUGAAAAACUUUCCUAUACUUGUUUAUCACAAGAAUUAUAUAAACGUAAUAUUUAUCAUCAAAUUGUACCGGAUCCAAAUGGUUGUACACAUUAUAUUGAUAUAAUAAAAUUUCCAUCAUGUUCAUGGUGUCCACAAGAAUUAACUGAAAAAAUUCUUUCGAAUACAUUAAGCUGUACAAUUCGUUUACAUGGUAAAAGUUCAAGAGUUUGGAAUGUUAUAAUAUCAUUUGCAACACCACCAAUACAAAAUUUACCGGUUAAAGAACAUUGUUUACGAAAAAUUGUUAAUAAUUCUUAUGAUUAUACAAUAUUAUCACAAUCGGUUAUUGUACGUAUGGUUGAUGAAUUAUUAAAUGAUUGGACAGCAAUUGCACGACUGUAUGAUGUAGUGGAAAAAUUUUCCCAAGAAAUUAAACAUUAUUCAUCCAUAAUAAAUUUAUCAUCGAUUGAAAUUAAAUCAUUUAGUUAUAAAAAAAUUUCCAUUGGUUAUGGUCCGAAUAAAUCUUUUUUCGUAUCAAUUUAUUAUAAAUUUUCGGAAAAACGUUUUCAAUUAUCAUUUGGUGUUUUACAGCAAUCAUAUUCAAAUACAAAUCCACAUAUAAUAAUAUCAACACAAUUACAACAUGAAUUUAAUCAACAUUUAUCAAUUGUACAAUUAAUACAUGUAUUAAAUUAUACAUUAAAUCCAUUAUUAACUGUACAGAAUCUUAAAUCGAUUCCAUUAUUAGGUACAGUUAAUUCGAGACCACGUUGGCCUGUACUGUCGUUUUGUGUAUUACCCGAAUCUUCUACUCAUAUUAAAUUAAUCUAUCGUAAUACAUACUGUCUGGAUAUAGUAAUGUAUGCAGAUAAUUUAGUUUCAAUACGUGAUGGUGCAUUAAGUAAUUUUGAUAAUUCAAAAGUUAUUAGUGAUUUUAAACCAAUACAAGGUUUAAAAGCAUUUCUAAGUAAAUUUAUUGAUAAAACAAUUCAAACACGACGAUUAUCACAAACUGAAGAUGAUAAUCCACCAUCACCAAUUGCUCAAAUUGAUUAUCCUGUUUCAAAUGAUAAUUAUAUGUUUACCGGAACGCAAAUGAAACCAAAUUCAAAUAUUCAACAGCAACAACAACAACAACCACCACCGAUUAAUGAACCAAAUCUAACGAAUCGUAGUUCAGUUUUACCAUUACAUUCAAGUCCACAUACACCAGCAUCACCAUUAGCAUCAGUACUAAGUGUUCAUUCAAAUUAUGCACCUUCGCCGGGAAAUUUUUCAUUAUCAUCACCGCCAUCACAUCCUGGUUUACAGCAGCAGCAACAACCACAACAAGCCAAUCCAAUGGCACCAUCACCACAAAUGCCACAAAUGGAACAAUCACCUGCAAGUGUUUUUAAUAUAAAUUCGCCAAUGAAUACAAAUCUAGCAACACCAUCACCAUCAUCAUUUUUACCAACACCAUCACCUGGACCUGUGGGAAAUUUUUUGAAUACACAAUCACCAGCACCAUCACAAUUUAUAUCACAAACAAAUCCUGGAAGUCAUGAAAGCGGUGGUGGUGGAAUAGGAUCACCAUUUAAUCAGCCAAAUAUUCCUGGUUCAUCAUUGAACAAUGCUGCACAACAAUCGAUAGCAUCACCAGUACCAAAUUUAUGGCCUGCAAGUCCAUCGAUUUCAUCAAGACCAUCACCAAGACCAGCACAAACUGUAUCAUCAACACAAAGUCCUGUUGGUACUAGUUUAAUAAACACUCAACAACAACAACAACAGCAACAAUACCAGACACAACAGAUACAAUCACGUACAUUACCACAAAAACCAUGGGCAGCAGCAUUACCAACAAUGUUAACACAUCAAGGUUUAGAAAUGAUGUGUAGAUCCGGUAAUGAUAAUGGCAGUGGUGUUGGUCAAUCAGCAUCAAAUAUUUAUUAUUCAUAUUCACAAUUGGAACGAUUUCUUGGUUCAACAUUUAUGCGAAGACAUUUUAGCAAACCAAUUGAAGAAAAUUUUACUAUUAUACAAACAAUGGAACCGGGUACAAUUAUGUUUAAAAAUGAUACAUUACAAUUUAAAAUAUGGAUGGAUUUUAAUACAUUAUCGAUUCAUAUGUAUGUAAAAUCAAUUUCCGAAAUGAAUCAAUGGAAUCGUGAAGAAUUGGAUAUUAUUCAACAAUAUUUUGAAACCAAGAUUGCCUGUGCACCAUUCAAACCAAAUUCAUUUAAUGCAUUUGCUCGUUUUUUUAAUGUACCAAUGAGAGUUUUAAAAGAUUUAAUCCGUAUAAUGCGAUUAGAACUUCAUCCUGAUCCAACAUUAAAAUGGACGGCAAAAAUUAGUCUAACAUUUCCACCGUUUGGCUCUAUCAAUUCGGUUAGCAUUGGAAUGUCGGCAUUUUCACAGAUUCAAUUGACUCAUAAAAAUCCAAUACAAGGACAAAUGAUGGCAAAUAAUGUUGCAGCUGUUAUACAACCAUUUAUAUUAUUUUUACCAUUAAUCUAUGAAACAUCUAUUAAUACAUUAACAUUAAUGAAUAAUCUUUUAUAUGAAAGAUCACAGAAUCAAAAUCUAAUACAAUUUGUACAGAAAAUAUUGAAAAGAUGUAAUGAAUAUGCUCAAAAUAAUGUUGAAUGUAUACUUUAUUCGGCCAUUAGAGAAAUAAUGAAUACAUUACAAUAUCCAUUGACAUUACAAUGAUUGAAUGAAUUCACC